AUGAAAGUCUUAGCGAUUCUACUUUCGUUCUGUCUCUUCUUCACCCGCUGUCAAGCCGACUUCGAUUUCAGUAUUUACUCCAACUUGACCGCCGAUGCGAUCACCAACGGUCAUCAGCUAGUGGGAUAUAUUCAGGAUCCCAACGGGAGAGGGACCACUUCCCUGGUCGUCUCGUGCUUGUUGACCUUAGUACUUUGCGUCUGGUCCGCUCUCCACCUCAACGUUCCCCCUCGAGACCAGUCACGGUGGCAAGCGCUAUGGCUCAACGUCCGCUGGAUCGUCGCAGGCAUCUAUGCCCCUGAACUUGUUGUUUUUACAGCUUGGCGGCAAUGGUGUUCGGCGAGACUCUUGCAGCAGCUCGUGCUGAAGCUAGCGAAGGAGAAUGAGGGAAACCCGGAGAUCGUGAAGCGCUAUGCACGUUGGACGAUGGCCCAUAGCUUCUUCGCUUGCACAGGGGGGUUUGUCUUCGAACUGGAGGCUCUCGAUCAUGUUACUCUCAAUGGAGUCGACGUGCUCCUAGACAGGCCUCAGAGGCUGACAAUAACUGCGAGGGGUGUGGCGAUACUUGCCAAAUGUGGCCACUUACCAACAGUCCGCAAGGAAGAGAUCGAGGACAAGAGCAAGGCAAAUGACCUGGCCAAAGCGACGGUCCUUGUUCAAGCAAUUUGGAUGCUUGUUCAAGUAGCUGGAAGGUUGGCAUCACACCUACCUGUUACACCCUUGGAGGUCAACACCGUGGCUCACGUGCUAUGCGCCUUCUUGAUGUAUAUGUUCUGGUGGAACAAGCCCCUUCUUCCAAACGAACCCAUCAUCCUCGAGGCAGAGCAGCUCGGUCCUCUAGCUGCUUUCAUGUACUCUAGCAGUGAGAUGAGCGGGUACGUCAGCUCCGAGCAGGUCAAGUCGCAAACAGUGGUGAAGACUCUUCUUGCACAUCUCAAUCUCUACCCCAGGACGCCAGAGUUCGAGGCCAUUUGCCUUCGAUUGCCAAACACGUGCAACGCAGCGAAAACACCGACAGUCGAAGUCUCGUAUACGAUCGCCGAACCCGUUGAAUCGGAGCACAGUCACUCUAUACCAUCUCCAGACACGAUGGAGCAUGAUGUCGACAAUGUAAGAUGCGUCCACUUGAAAGCUGAGCAACUCGUUGCGGACCAUGUGCAGAACUGGCCUUCGAACGAUCUGUUGCACAAUGUCGAUGGGCUGGUCGUUGGCAUGGUAUUGUGGCUGGCCAACUUCUGUUACGGAGGCAUCCACGCAGCCGCUUGGAACGAGCACUUCCCAAGCGAGGCUGAGAUGUGGCUCUGGCGAGCGUCGGCCGUCUACAUCGGCUUCUGCGGAGGUCUUAGGGUGGUCUUGAACUUCAUCGUCGCGAGGGUGCCUGCUCUGAACCAGUUUUGGGAGCACUGGAUGGGUGGGAAGAAGACCUGGUGGCAGAGCUUUAGCUUAGGGAUCAACGUCUUCGUGUGUGGCCUUAGUCUCGUUCUGGCGCACAUGUUCAUCGUGAUAGAAGCUGUCAUCAGCAUCAGGGAGUUGCCAGCGUCAGCAUACGAGACUCCGCAGUGGACUGACCUGUUCCCGCAUCUCUGA